UUGGAUUCAAUGCACCAUUGGAACAAAAUUGCUAAAAUAUAAUAUUUUAACUUAUAGAUUUGGCAGCAUGAAAUGACAUUAAGCAUGGAGAUGCUAACAUUCCUAAAAAAAAAAAAAAAAAGGCACUAGAGCACUCUAUUUUUCUUCAAAAUCGACCGUGAGACUAGUAAAGAACACACACUACAACGGUGGCUCCCUCUUAUUUUAGUUUUGAUUCCGUUAACAUUUUAGGGCUCGUUCUCUUUGCUCCUAUGGAAUACAAAGACGGUUUGCCAUCGCCGCCGCUUCCACCGUCGCCGGAGAUAGCGACACCGCCGGAGGGCGGUGAUGUGGAGGAGGACCACGUGAUGAGCGAGGUUCACCUGGGCUGUCCGCCCAACUUCUCUGGACCUCACAUAUCUCCCUUCACCUUCUCACUUCCACCUACUUUAGAAGUUGAACCCUUGGAGAGCAGAUAUAAUGGUGUAGUUAGGCAUGAAGUGACUUCAAAAGACCAAAGUUUUAGCUUGGAUGAAGAUGGUGAUCUUGUUCUAUCUCGACGCAUCAAACAAUCUAAGGAUACUUGUGUUUUGAGCAUCCAGCAUAAUAUCACUUCAUCAAUUCCAGGUGUUGGUUUGCAGGUGUGGAGAGCAGAAUUGAUACUAGCUGAUUUUGUGUUGCAUAAGAUGUUUACAUCAUCUGAGUUUGAUGGAAUUGUUGCGAUAGAACUUGGUGCUGGUACAGGGUUGGUUGGUAUAUUGCUUGCACGUGCUGCUAAAACCAUCUUCCUAACAGACUAUGGUGAUGAAGUACUUGACAACUGUGCUAAGAAUGUUCAUCUCAAUUCUGGAAUAUUCCACUGCAAAGCUUCAGUUUAUGUACGUGAACUUGAUUGGAAGAGUACCUGGCCCCCUAAAGUUGUAGAAAAUUAUUUAUCCCGAAGAAGGUAUGGUUGGACCUCAUCUGAAGUUGAAGAACUCCAGAGAGCUACUCUGAUUGUAGCUGCUGAUGUAAUUUAUAGCGAUGAUUUGACUGAUGCAUUCUUCAGUACUCUAGAAAGAUUAAUGUCCCAAGGUCCUGAAAAGGUGUUGUACUUGGCACUGGAAAAGCGUUACAACUUCACUCUUGAUGAUCUCAAUGUUGUCGCAAAUGGGUAUUCACUCUUCCGAAGUUACCUUAGGGUUGAUGGAGUGGAUGAUGCAGAAUAUGACGGCCUUGAAAGUGGAUCACGACCUUGCUUUGUGGGUAAGCGCAUUGAUCAUACCCAGAUUCCACAAUAUGUGAGAGAGUAUGUCAGAGGGAAUGAUGUUGAAAUUUGGCAGAUCAAGUCUGGGAAGAGGAAACCCUAAAUUAAAGUCUUAUGUAAUCUUCUGUAACAUGCUGAUUUGUUAUAUGUAAAUCUUCUGCUUGCAAAAAUUCUUCCAUUUGGUACUUGGCGCCGGUUUGGAAUGACUUUUCAAACGCGGAUUUUGGCUUUUUGGGCUUAAAAGCUGUUUUGAGUUGUGUUUGGCUAGUUUAUUUGAAAGGGCUUUUUGUUUUAGUGGGUGGGUACUAGCUUCUUCAAAACGUUCAUGGGAAGCUGUUGUCCUUCAGUAAGAACUUUCAUAAUUUCAUUUUUCUCCCUUGCCUUUCCGAGUGAUCUUUCCUGGAACCCACUUUGUCUCUCUUAAUCCAUAGACCUCCUCUUACACAAUGGAGUAGUCGCACCUUGCUCAGGUUAGGGUUUGUUCUUCUUCUUUACUCUCUCUCUCUAUCCAUAAAUCUUAAUCUUCUCUACCUUCUGCUUCUCCCUCAAUUUCCUCCUCAGGUUUUUGGCUUUCUUAUUUAUGUGUAUUAAUGGUUUUGCCCCUUGAAUUUCUUUUAAACUCACAUUCAAAUCGUCAAUCCGGGUCUUUUUUUAGUAAGAUCUAUUUUAUAUUUAAAUUUCAGAACAUUACUUGGAUGUUUUGCCUCUUGAACUUC